AUGCUAUCCUCUCUUGAUCCCAGUACUCGGAAGAACUACGGCGCCGGGCUGCUACAAUUCACGCAAUUCUGCGACUGUCUUGCGAUCUCGGAAGACCUCCGCAUGCCCGCGGCGGAGCCGCUUUUAGCCGUGUUUGUUGCGCAGUGGAGUGGGAGCGUCGCGCGUUCAACCGUGGAUACCUGGAUGGCAGGUCUAUCUUUCUGGCAUGCGUUGCACGGUGCCCCGUGGCAAGGUGCGAAGAUGCUCAAAGUGACCUGCUCGGCCAUUUCGAAGACUGCUCCGGUUUCGAAGGAGAAGCACGCGCCGGUCACCGUAGAGCACCUGUAUGCGUUGCGCGCCAAUCUUGACCUAUCCGACUCCUUCGAUGCCGCUGUGUAUGCGGUGGCAUGCAUUGCUUUUUGGUGCUGUCGUCGGCUUGGUGAGCUAGUCAUCCCUUCCGCGGGUGCGUUCGACCCAGUCAAGCACGUCGCGCGCGCGGCGCCCGUUGCCUAUCGCACACUAUCGGGAGGUACGCAGUAUGCUGUCUUCCAUGUGCCCUGGACCAAGACGACUAAGCAACUCGGUGCCGAUAUCAUUGCCACCGAAUUCGGCGACCCUAGCUCCGCCGUCGUCGCCUUGCGCCAUCACCUACGGGCGAACGGCCGCGUGCCCGCGCAUGCUCCCUUCUUCGCAUUCGAAACGAGCGACACGGCGGGUUGGGCGCCGAUGACCCGCGACUGGUUCCUCAAUCGCGCCAAUGCGGCCUGGGCAGCAGCCGGUUUCGAGCACCUCACCGGGCAUUGUUUUCGUAUCGGCGGCGCGACCGAGCUGUUGCUUCGCGGUACCCAUCUGGAUGUGGUCGCUACGCAGGGUAGCUGGAAAUCACGCGCUUUUCUCGAGUAUUGGCGGAAAAUUGAGUCUAUAUUACCUCUUUUCAUCUCACAGUCAUUCACUUCCUCUCGUUUGCAACUGGCUUCCACUGCCAUGGACUCUUUCAAGAAGAAGUAUUCUCUGUAG